AUGAACGCGUCGGGGCGGCUGCCGGCGGGGGCCGAGGAGGAGCCCCCCGGCGCCUCGCUGCUGCGGCUGGGCGGGAACGGCAGCGCGGGCGGCGGCCUCGGCGAGCUGCGGGAGGGCGCUCACGCCGCCACCCUGGCGGCCUGCGCCUCGCUGCUGGCGCUGGUCUUCUGCCUGGGCUCCUACGGAAACCUCAUCGUGCUCCUGUCCUUCUUCGACCCGGCCCUCAGGAAAUUCAGGACCAACUUCGACUUCAUGAUCCUCAACCUCUCCUUCUGCGACCUCUUCAUCUGCGGCGUGGCCGCCCCCAUGUUCGCCUUCAUCCUCUUCUUCGGCUCGGCCCGAGGUGUUCCGGGCGCCUUCUGCUUCACUUUCCACCUCACCAGCUCCGGCUUCAUCAUCAUGUCUCUCAAGACGGUGGCAGUCAUCGCCCUGCACCGGCUGCGCAUGGUGCUGGGGAAGCAGCCGCACCGCGCCGCCUCCUUCCCCUGCACCCUCCUCCUCACCCUGCUCCUGUGGGCCACCAGCUUCACCCUGGCCACCUUGGCCACCCUGAAAACCCACGGCUCCCGCCUCUGCCUGCCCAUGUCCAGCUUCGCCGGCGGCGAGGGGAAGAUCAUCCUCUACCUCUACGUCACCGACUUCAUCUGCUGCGUGGCCGUGGUGUCCGUCUCCUACGUCAUGAUCGCGCAGGCGCUGCGGAGGAACGCCCAGGUGAGGAAGUGCCCCGCGGUCGUGGCCGUGGGCGCCUCUGGACCGCAGCCCUUCGCGGGGCCGCCGGCUGCCCAGAGCGCCGCGCCCGCCUUGUACAGGAACCAGAGCUGCGGCCGGGCACACGGCCACGCCAAGCAGCUCGGCCUCCAGCUACAGCUCGUCUCAGCCGUCAACCUGUCCACGGCCAAAGACUCCAGGGCGGUGGUGACCUGCGUCAUCAUCGUGCUCUCUGUCUUGGUUUGCUGCCUGCCCCUGGGCAUCUCUUUGGUUCAGGACGUGCUGUCCAGCAGCGGUGGUUUCGUUCUCUACCAGUUUGAGCUGUGUGGGUUCACCCUCGUUUUCUUCAAGUCGGGGUUAAAUCCUUUUCUGUAUUCCCGCAACAGCGCCGGGCUGCGGAGACGAGUCCUCUGGUGCCUGCACUACGGAGCCCUGGGCUGCUGCUGCUGCUGCAAGCAGAAGACGAGGCUUCGGGCCAUGGGCAAAGGCAGCCUGGAAGUCAACAGGAACAAGUCAUCCCACCACGAGACCAACUCAGCAUACAUGUUGUCUCCAAAACCUCAGAAGAAGUUUGUGGACCAAGCGUGUGGUCCCAGCCACUCCAAGGACAGCGUGCUGAGUCCCAAGGAUUCUGCCGGGCAUCAGCACUAUGCGCAGAGCAGCUCCACCCCCAUGAACACCCGCAUCGAACCCUACUACAGUAUCUACAACAGCAGCCCUUCCCAGGAAGUGAGCACCCCAAAUAGCUUGCAGCCAGUGACCUCCACGUUCGGCUUUGCCAAAUCCUACAUUGCCAUGCACUAUCACACCACCAGCAACCUGGGCAGAGGCUGUGACAGCGCUUCCACUAAACCCAUCCCGGUGCCCUCGCUGUAGCCUUAGGGGAGGGUGCUGGUUUGGAAUCUCUGUGAGAGUCAAAACCAGAGAUACUUUAUCUCUGGGCUUGUUGCCUGAGCGUGGUUUUGUUACUGCAUUUUACUGCUGGACAAUUUGUUACAAAGUGCUGUAAGGACAUGUGGUUCCUUAUGUCACGAGGCAAAAGGGCUCGGAGAACGCUCUGAGGCCCUGCCAAGAAACGUUACCCUUAUGGGUGCUUGCCAUAUUUUCAAGAAGGAAGAAUUGGGAGGGUGCUUGGUGUGUGAUGAUGCUCAAGUUUAAACUCUUCCUGUUGCAGAGGGUUGAAGGAGAAGGGCGGUAUUUCAUUGUAGCAGGUGUCAGUAAUAACAAGAGGCUCACAGGGGAAAUGCUGGUUCUGCUGAGGUAACUGGCCCAAUUUCCAUCAACUUCAGCUGAAGUUUAGGAUUUGGGUCUCUGCUCCCUAAGGCAGGACGAGGCAUUUUACAAACAGCCUUUUAUUGUCACUGGGGAAGGACUUUGAGAAGCAUAGUGACACUAACAAACCUCUAAAGUACUGGUAUUCCAGUUGCCGCUGUCCAGUUCUGUUAAGGAUCGAUGGCAUUAUGUAUCCCAAAAGAAUACGUCUGGGGAAGUGUUUCACAGCUGAUAGAACCAUGCAGUAGGUUUUACUUGAGAGAUUAAUGAUCUCCUUGCAGACUUUUAUCUGUUGGUUCUCUCCACAGUCAGCAAAUAACAGGAGUCAAACACUGCUUCAUGAAUCUGACUCUAUGUAUAGUGUCACAUGUGGUGGGAAGCCCGUGGUGGAACACAAGGACCCCCAGGCAUUGCAGUUCCUGACAGCUGGGGCUUUUCAAAACAAGCAGUCAGCUUCCAGCUUCAGUGGACUUCAGCAGAGCCUCAGCUGAAGCAGCUAUGUUCUUUCAGCAGCUAAGGAAGAACCGUGCCACAGACUUCUGGUGCCUCGUUACAGGAACCCGUUUGGGUCCUUGCCGUGUGUGAGUUGUUGUUGGUUCAGGCUGUUGGUGAACUCAGCUGUUUCCAAGGUUUUCCUGGAAGAUUUAUGACAUUAUGAAUGUUGUUCUUUGUUUAACACUCUGAAUUUUAAGUCAUUUUGAAUAAUUCAGGACAGCUUUCUUGCAAUAAAACGGUUGUGAACAACUUUCUAACACAAAGGCAAAACUGAAAGGAUUUCCAUCAGCCUUUUCUCCCCUCCCAGAUAUUUUUCUCUAUGAACAAAUAACACGGCUCCUUUCUAAAGUAAUUAUAAAAGAUACCUAAAAGCUC